AUGACAAAUGCUCCUAUGAGAUAUUUUUGGCCAAAUAAUGGUGCAAAAACAGUAAAAUCGCAAAGAGCACUAAAUUUUGACGAUCUUGAGAAUAACAGCGGUGAAGUGUUUACCUCUGAAGUUGACUCUAACAGUGAGGAUUUCGGGUAUAGGAGAACUGGAGGAAGAAAACAACAGAAAAGAAUGUUCCACAGUUCCGUCACUGGCAUCAGCAGCACGAGUAUUGACACACACGAAUUCAAAAAAGAAUGGUUAAAACGUUGGGACGAAUUGAAAGCAGAUGCUCUCCAUCCCAAGAAUGCUCAUCUAAGCCCUGGUGGGAAAGUAGUGAAUAUGGUGGCUGCCAGACCGUGGCACACACCUUGCGGCGAUCCUUCCCAGCAUGAUCUACCUUGGGGCACCUGCACGCUUAGAUUCCAAUGUGAUGGCGAAUAUCGCAUCUAUCGAGGUGAUUUUUCAUGUGGUCGAACUGGAUUAGUUUGCUGCGCUGUCCAAGGCUACCGGCAUGAUCUGAACCAAGCUUUCGAUGUUUCUUUUGCUGAUUCCAGCGUUUUCUCGACUAGCUCCGAGGAAAAGGUCAAAGAAGCUCGAGGCUCUAAGGAAAUGAGACGACGAAAGAGAGCACGUAAAAGGAAACAAUUAGUAGGAGAGAGGCAUAGGAGAAUACGAAAAAUCAAGGCAAUGAUCAGGAAAAUGGUAAAACUAAUACGCAAGGAGUUAAACAGAGCUUUUAGAAACAAUACCCAUAAACGCUUCUUUGCCACAGAAAACCUGAAGACGUUGGUAAAUGCUAUGAAAAAGAAAUACAGGGAAAAUCGUCACACUGCUCUGCAACUUUACGAAACAGACAGGAUUCGGAUCACCACGGAGCUAAGUAAUAAAUUGAGUCAAUUCAAAAUUAUCAAUCAGCACUUCUUAACCAAUGAUACAUUUAGAGAAAUUAUUGUGAACGGAACUAUGAAAAAGACAAUAGCUAGGCAAUUAUUAGCUAUGUAUCCAGAACUGGUUGAAUUUCCAGAGAUGACGGCGGUCCAAGAUUUUCUUGAAGCUCGACCAAAUAAGACGAGACGUGCGGCAAGUCGAAGGAAAAUACGUAAAUACUAA